AUGAAGACCGCUAAGCAUCCAAAUUAUGUCCUGCAUGUUUAUGGCGCUAACCACGAAUACUUCAAUACCGAAUGGCAAUACGCAAUACCCACGUGCUUUGGUGACCAAGAUCCAUUGUGGGACGUAAAUGCCACAACCUUCAAAGUUAGCGAUUUAUUUCCACAGUACCUCAAUACAUCCUUAGAUUUUACUUUACCAAAAACUAACGGAUCCGAGUCACAACGUAGAACAGCUAUAUUUGCAUUAUCAUCAUUUUUUCGUGCCUAUGUCGGUGCCGAUGCUGAUACUGCAUUUGCGAGCUUCCUCGAACCUUCUACUCCGUAA